AAAUAUCGAAUAGAUAGUUCAGGCUGUGAAUGAGAGAUGGCGAUUGUCGCUCUAGAAUAGAGGUCGUGCUGUUGAAGAAGAAAGAAGGGGAGAAAUGAUGGAUGAAAGGCGACAGGGCUGGAAAAUAGUUCAAGUGGGAGUGGAGGGGCUUCUGGCUUCCGCUGUCUUCUUGUCCCACUUUUCUGUGCAAAUCCUUGGAUUUGGUUGCUUGUGUUGGGUUUUUUGGGUUUGGUGCCUUGAGCUUGGGCUUGGGCUGUGUUGGGUUUAUAAUAGACGGUUGGCAGCCAGCCACAAAUUCAGAGGCUUUACGGAUGAGAAAUUGGUGAUUAUGCAGGCUUGUAAUUGACGGGCGCUGUUCAAAGUCCGUAGAUUCGUGAACAUAGAUAAUAGCAAACUUACAG